AUGCCUCGCCCGGGCCGCAACACCUACAGCGACCAGAAGCCUCCCUACUCGUACAUCUCGCUGACGGCCAUGGCCAUCCAGAGCUCGCCGGAGAAGAUGCUGCCGCUGAGCGAGAUCUACAAGUUCAUCAUGGACCGCUUCCCCUACUACCGGGAGAACACGCAGCGCUGGCAGAACUCCCUCCGCCACAACCUCUCCUUCAACGACUGCUUCAUCAAGAUCCCGCGGCGGCCCGACCAGCCGGGCAAAGGCAGCUUCUGGGCGCUCCACCCCAGCUGCGGCGACAUGUUCGAGAACGGCAGCUUCCUCCGGCGCCGCAAGCGCUUCAAGGUGCUCAAGGCCGACCCGCUGGCGCCCAGCAAGCCCUCGGAGGCCGCCCAGUACCUCCAGCAGCAGGCCAAGCUGCGCCUCAGCGCCCUGGCCGCCGGCGGGCCCCACCUGCCGCCCAUGCCGGCCGCCGCCGCCUACAACCUGGCCGUCUCGCCGCCCGGCUCCGGCUUCAAGCACCCCUUCGCCAUCGAGAACAUCAUCGCCCGCGAGUACAAGAUGCCCGGCGGGCUGGCCGCCUUCUCCGCCAUGCCCUCCGUCCCCGCCGCCUACCCGCUGCCCAACCAGCUCGGCGCCGGCUGGCCCCACAUGUACGGCUCCGGCAUGCUCGACCCGGCCGGCCCCAUCGCCAUGGGGGGCGGCGGCGGCGGGGGCGCCGACUACGGCCCCUACGGGGUUCGGCCCGUCCUAGGUCGGUGGAACGAGAAGGGAACCGGACGGAUCCCGCUCAACCCAUCUAUUUCGGAGCGGUUCCGGAGCAGGGCGGUCGGUCUGCGAGAAGCCGGCGUUCAGAAGUCUCCACGCCCCACCGAGCCGCCAAAAU